AUGAAAACUUUGUUAACUAGAGUUAGCUUGGAGAGUAGUGGUUUUUAUUACAAAGAUCGAUUGGGUCAUUCAAGGGGACCCAUGGAGUUGAUACAACUAUAGUGUGCUUGGGGUGCUGGGAUAAUUGAUAAACCCACUUUUGUUUGGGGUGAGGACAUGGAUGAAUCACCAAUUGGCAUGAUUUAUGGCAUGGAACAUGCCACUGCCACUUGAAAAGUUAGGUUUGGUGCCGCAGCUACAGCUUUCUUUCACAAGCUGCAGAAUGGUAUACAUCCAAGGGUACCUUGCUAGGGCCAUGAGAACAAAACCUAUAAAUAGGUACAAGAAGAAGCCAUUGAGAGCAAAAGACACGAUUUAGCUGCACCAGAAGCUAAUGGUGGUGUUUGGCCUGGUAUAAGGACUCCCACUCAUUGCCUAUUUAUUUGGGCUAGGGGCUCUGAGCCGUCCUCCGUUAUGGAAGCUGAUCACAUGCCAACCAAGUACUUCCCAAAAGUUUUUAGGCUGUAGUUGGCUGAAAUCAUUCCUAGGCUGAGGCCCCAGGAGGUUUUAAGUGUCAAACAAGCUAUGGAUGAGAUUACUUAUUAGUGGCGAGUGGUUCCAAUUUCUGAGAACCUCUUGGAACACUAGUAACACUACACAUUCCUCCAUACAUCUUGAGAUACAAUGAGCUCGAGGAAUUUUCAAAGCUUUUGAGUUCUUGACAAUGGCAGCAAAAAACCAAAUGUGGGCGACGAGUCCAGGUUUCAAAUAGGCACUUGAGAGAGUACACACAACGAGGGAGUUAAGGGAAGCAGAGAAGACAGCUAGGAGAGAUGAAGGGCUGAGAGAGCUAAUAAGGAGAGAUGAAGAGCUGAGAGAGCUAAUAAGAAGAGAGAAGUCGUAGUAGAGAGCUAAGAAGUCACCGAGGACACUUGAGAAACUUGUUGUUUUGUCAAUGUUCGCCCGUUCUUGUUACUUCGGACGAUGUGGGCACUGUCCAGGGGAAUUUGUUUCAUCAAUUUUAAAAGGAAAAGAAACAGUCGGUUCUUUCCGGGGAAAAUGUACUCUAAACGGGUUUGGAAUAGGAAUUCGAUUUGAAUGCUGUGUCAAACAAGUGUGUGUGUAAAUUAAGUUUUGAUUUCAAUAUUAUUUAUGUUUUGCGAAAACUCGUCAAGCACAGCUCUUUGUCCCAAGUGUUUUGUAUUCGGCCGUUGAGUAUUGUAUCAGUUAUUACAAAACGAGACUUUGAACUUCAGAUAUUAUUUCGUAGCUACGUGUCGGUCAAUACCGUCCGGUAUGGGGCGAUGUAUGGCUGUAUCAC